AACAGUAAAGUGGUGGGGGAAUUUUUAUAUAUUCGCCAACUUUAUGGGAUUCUUAAUAUCAUUUUCUACUUCCACGCCCAUUAUUAACGUAUCCAAAGCUCCUACUCUUCUUUCUCUUCUUUAGUUGAAGGUUAAAUACAUAGAGAAGCAUAAAACAGGAAACGAACAAGAAACUAAAGAUGAAGGAUUGGGCAGCUCCGAUCAUAGCUACGGCGUUAUUUGCAUUUCUAUGUCCAGGACUAAUAUUUCAAAUGCCAGGGAAGAAUAGGCCUGUUGAUUUCAUGAAUAUGAAGACCACUUUCGUUUCUAUGUUGCUUCACACUGUCUUCUUUGGUUUGUUUCUUAUUCUCUUCCUCGUUAUUCUCAAUAUACAUCUCUAUGCUUAGCUACCAAGAAAACAUAUACCUAUGCUAAAUUAUAAGGAGGUAGAUGAGAGAAAUUUUUUCAUGUGAAAAUGGUAUUUGAAAUUUAGAGUUGAGAGAGUCGCAAGAAUUACAAUUCUACUUUUGUAUUGUGAGUGUGGUUUUUGAUUGAUUUAGUUUCAAUCUCAUAAGGCCAAUUUGUUUGAUGUUCCAAACAACUAAAGUCACAUAUUACUACCUGCGUUUUCCUUUGGAUUCAA